GUCUGAUCUCCAUGAUCAGUAAAGCAUCCGGGUGUAUAAGUUUCAGUUUUCCAAGAAUCACAGAGGAAACGGAGUCGCGUACAAGCUCAGAUUAUAAAUGAAAUAAUAAUAAUAAUUACUGAUCUGUUUGCCGAGUUUAUGAGCUGUCAGAGAUGAGCGCGAGCCUGAGUGAGCUGUAUGAGGAGGAGGUGCGUCCGUGCAUCGACCUGAUCGACUCUCUGCGCGCGCUCGGGGUGGAGAAGGACCUCGCGCUGCCCGCCAUCGCCGUGAUCGGAGACCAGAGCUCGGGGAAGAGCUCGGUGCUGGAGGCGCUGUCCGGAGUCGCGCUGCCCCGCGGGAGUGGUAUCGUGACGAGAUGUCCACUCGAACUGAAGAUGAAGAGAAGUCAUGAGAAAGGCGUCUGGCAUGGAAAGAUCAAGUACAAGAAGGAUGAUGAUCAGGAUUAUGAGGAAGAGAUUGAAGAUCCAGCAGACGUGGAGAGAAAGAUUAGAGAAGCUCAGGACCAUAUAGCUGGGGUUGGCGUGGGUAUCAGUGAUGACCUCAUCAGCCUGGAAGUGACAUCAGUUGAUGUUCCCGACCUCACACUCAUUGAUCUACCUGGUAUUGCUCGUGUGGCCGUCAAAGGCCAACCAGACAACAUUGGAGAACAGAUUAAGAGGCUGAUCACAAAGUUCAUCACAAAGCAAGAAACCAUCAACCUGGUGGUGGUGCCAUGUAACGUGGAUAUUGCCACUACUGAAGCCCUGAAGAUGGCACAGGAAGUUGAUCCAAACGGCGAGAGAACCCUCGGCAUCCUAACAAAGCCCGACCUGGUGGAUAAAGGCACAGAGGAGGUAGUAGUGUCCAUCAUCCGUAACGAGAUCAUUUACCUCAAUAAAGGCUACACGAUCGUCAGGUGCCGAGGGCAGAAGGAGAUCAUGGACCGCGUCUCUCUGCACGAAGCCAUCGAGAAGGAGAAGGACUUCUUUAAAGACCAUCCACAUUUCAGCACGCUGUAUGAAGAAGGCAAAGCCACCAUUCCCUACCUGGCUGAGAAACUGACGCUCGAACUCGUCCAUCACAUUAAGCAAUCUCUGCCACGACUGGAAGAGCAGAUUGAGAUUAAGUUGGCUGAAACUCAGGCUGAACUGGAUCGCUAUGGCUCAGGGCCUCCUACAGAACCAGGAGAGAGGAACUGCUUCCUGAUUGAUAAAGUCACAGCGUUCAAUCAGGAUGCCAUUAACCUCACAACUGGAGAGGAGCUGAAGAACGUCCAACAUUUCAACAUCUUCUCAGGCCUGCGGAGGCAGUUUUUUCUCUGGAAGAAUCAUCUGGACAACUCAGGAGAGACAUUUAACACGAGGAUUGCGAAGGAAGUGCAGGAAUAUGAAAAAAAAUACAGAGGCAGAGAACUCCCAGGAUUCAUCAACUACAAGACCUUCGAGGUGAUGGUGAAGGACCAGAUCAAGCAGCUGGAAGAACCUGCCAUCAGGAGACUGAAGGAAAUCUCAGAUCUCAUUCGGAAGAGCUUCAUCCAACUGGCUCAAUACAGCUUCUUGGGCUUCCCCAAUCUCCUCAAAAUGGCAAAGACAAAGAUUGAAUGCAUAAAGCAGGUGAAGGAGUCAGAGGCUGAAUCGAUGCUGAGGACUCAGUUUAAGAUGGAACUGACCAUCUACACACAGGACAACAUGUACAGCAACACCCUGAGCAUGCUGAGGCUUGAGGAGGAAGAAGAAGGGGGGAAAAAAUCCCGCGCACCUCGCAUUACUUCGUGCAGUUUAUACAAUCACACAGACAACCGAGCCACUCUUGAAGAACUCAUGCGUCACCUCAAGUCCUACUACAGCAUUGCGAGUAAGCGUCUGGCUGAUCAGCUGCCACUGGUGAUCAGGUACCUGCUGUUGCAGGAGUUGGCGGCACAGCUGCAGAGAGAAAUGCUACAGCUCAUGCAGGACAAAAGCAACAUGGAUCAGCUGCUGAAAGAAGAUCAUGAUAUCGGCAACAAACGCAGCAAUCUGCAUAGCCGCCAGAAGCGUCUAAAGGAGGCCCGCAACUACUUAGUCAAGUUUUAGUCACAUAGUAUCUGAUUUGGAAAUGUUGUUAUUGUUGAUCACUUUAAGGCAAGUAAAAAGAGAGGGGGGGGAACAUAUUACAUCAAAAUCUUUGAUUAUGAUAUUAUAAACUGAUUUAGUUCCCAUAAUUAUUGAAAGUGUGUGUUGGGCAUUUCAAAUCCCCUUUGUUUUUUGUUUGUUUUUGUUUGCUUUUUAAGUUCCUCUAGCAAUUUUGCACUGUAUUUCAAAAUAACAUGGGUUUAUUUUUUUCAGUUUGUCUACUGCUAUCUGUUUCUCUUUCUUUUUCACCUGGAAUAAACUUUCAUAUAUUGUAGUACAGGGUAUGUACAUGUAUUUAUUGCUGAUACCCUCCAACCCCAUCAUCAAGCUGUACUCUUCUCUUCCUCCCAUAUACAGUGUUGUAUGACGACAUUAUCAACAUA